CUUCCGCCGGUCAAGUCGCUCCUUCUCGGCGGCUCCCAGGUCAUCCUGGGUGCUCAGUCCUACUUUGGCGGCCUCGACGCCGGCAAUGCACCCUCCUGUUCGAACCCUCAAUUGAGCUGUCACAACACCUCAGUCGUCGAGGAUCUAUGUUGUUUCAACUACCCAGGCGGUCAGAUGCUACAAACACAGUUCUGGGACACCAAUCCUCCCACUGGGCCUGACGAUGCCUGGACCAUCCAUGGGCUCUGGCCCGAUCGCUGCGACGGCAGCUACGAAGCCAACUGCGAUGACAGCCGCGCAUAUCACAACAUCAGAGAGAUCCUCGAAUCCUUCGGCGCUACCGAUCUCCUGUCCAAUAUGACCAUGUACUGGAAGGAUUACAAAGGCAAUGAUGAGAGUCUCUGGAUGCACGAGUGGAGCAAGCACGGCACUUGUGUGUCUACGCUCGAUCCCGACUGCUACUCCUCAUACCGCAGUAAAGAGGAGGUCGUCGAUUAUUUCGCUGCUGCUGUUUCGCUUUACACCCAACGUCCUACCUACCAAUGGUUGCUGGAUGCUGGUAUCGAACCAAGCACUUCCAAGUCAUACACCAGAGACCAGAUCCAGACUGCUCUCAGCUCAAGACACGGCCGUCCAGUCACUCUGGGCUGCAAGGGCGGUAAGCUGGACGAAGUGUGGUACCACUUCGAGGUCCGUGGCAGCGUCCAGACUGGUGUCUUCGAGGCUGCGGACCCUGAUGGAGGAAAGAGCACCUGCCCAUACAGCGGUAUUCGCUACCCUCCUAAGGCUGCUAAGGGAGGCCGUCCUUCACCCACAGCCACCCGCACUCGUACCCACGUUCCUGAACCUACUGGACCUGCAUUCAGUGGUAGAGGCAACCUCGUUGCCAAAACUGGUGGCAGAUCCAAGGGCUGCAUCAUCUCUGGUGGUUCUUGGUACGACACUAGAAGUUGUGCGAGGUUCCAUGCUACCCAGGAAGGAGAUGGUUUCAGCCUGGAGAGCUCAAAGGGUAAAUGUGCAGUUGUUGAUGGCAUGUUCAGCUGUUCUUCUGCUGUCGACAAGGCUACAGUGUUCACAAGCAAAGAUGAAUCAUUG